CCCUUCACGCAUGUUUCCACACAGAAGACGCUUUAGCUGACAAUCGAACGGGACAACGUCUUGCUGUCAGUCGACAACGCUACCAUGACGGAACAUAAAAGCUUGGAGUGGCUGUAGGAACUUUGAUAUUUCACCAAAACUGCUACGGAAAUUGACAGAUAAACAAGGAAGUUAAUUUGCCUUAUGACUGUGACAUUGAAGCAGAAGAAAGCUGAUCUUUGAUCAUAGCACAUCACUCCAUUUUUUUUUUGGCAACCAGAAACAAAAACUAAGAAGGCGGUAUAGUUAUGGAGGAAGGUGGGAGCUUUACACGUGAGGCACUUCUGCAGGCUGAAGCUAGACUUGCUGCUAAGCGGGCAGCAAGGGCAGAGGCUCGGGAAAUACGAAUGAAGGAGCUCGAAAGACAACAAAAGGAGAUCUAUCAGGUUCAGAAGAAAUAUUAUGGUCUGGAUACUAAGUUUGGAGACAUCGAGCAAUGGAUGGAAGACAGUGAGCGGUACUCUCGAAGGGCCAGAAGAAAUACUUCGGCCUCUGAUGAAGAUGAGCGAAUGUCUGUGGGUAGUCGUGGAAGCUUAAGGGCCAAUGGCUUUGAUGAAGGGUAUUAUGGAUCUUCACAGAGUAGAAAGUCUAGCAGGAGCUCCAGGAACAGUGAUGAGACUAGAACUAAAAAGAUGUCAUCCAGGCGAGACAAUAUGGGCACGUACUACACAGAUGCCGUUGUUUAUGGUGGUGGCCUUUCUUCCAAACCUCACUUAUCCUCCCAAAAUGGAACUCGGCCCUCAGACUACAGCUGCUACCUUAGCUCCGGAUCACGAGCUUCAUCCAGAGCCAGCUCUGCUCGUGCAAGUCCAGUGUUGCCCAAUGAAGAUGAAUCUGCAUCUUAUCUCGGAGGAGCCAGUAAUCUCGGCCUCCGAAAUGGGCUGCCAUCUGAUUUGUCAUCUGUGGUUUCUGGAACAACUGCCAGCUUUUUACGUGGUGGUGUGUACAGAGAUAGGGUUCAUGGCAAGCUGGAUGACGUCAGCAUACCUCCUUAUAUUGAAGAGAGGCCUGAAAAGGACUUCAUUGAAAAGGGAAAUCGCAGUGUAUCCAGUCUUUCAGCUACAACCCUUGCCUCCCUGGGGGGCACAUCCUCCCGAAGAGGUAGUGGAGAUACAUCCAUUUCUGUAGACACUGAAGCAUCACUCCGUGAAAUCAAGGACAUCCAUGAGCUAAAGGACCAGAUACUGGAAGUAGAAAGCAAAUACAUGCAGGAACUGAAAGGGAUGAAGGAUUCACUAGCAGAGGUAGAAGAGAAGUAUAAAAAGGCUAUGGUGUCCAAUGCUCAACUAGACAAUGAUAAGGCCACCCUUAUGUAUCAAGUGGACAUUCUAAAAGAUGCGUUGAUGGAGGCAGAAGAACAACUUGCAGAAACAAGAAGAGAAUAUGAAGAGAAGUGCAAAGAAAACGAAAAGCAAAAGCACUCCUCUAGCAUUCUCCAGUUUCAGUUAAAUGAAGUGAAAGAGACACUCAAGCAGAGAGAUGAGUUGCUGACUAAACAUGGAAUUGCAGUAGGCUCAGUAGUAGUCACCAAUGGCGAAGCUUCAGUCAACAUGAAUGAGAUUGAGGUCCCUGAAGAAGUAGUACCCACAUCAUCUCAGGAUGUCUCACAUGCCCAACAGGAAAUGAACACUGAGCAACUAGGCCGAGCCGAGGAGUUGGAGAUGAAAAGUGAGAAUGUUGAGAGCAUGCAGAAUACUGAGCAUGAGGAACACAUAUCGGGGACUCAGAAACUGGAAGUUUUUCAGGAUAAUGCGGAGAGAGAGGAAGUGCAUGCCAUUGAAAGAGCAGAGGCAAAUAAGACCAUGAAUGACAUUGAACAGUCAACUGAGGAGAUAAAGCAUGAUGAUAUGGAACUGAUUAAAAACAAUGCAUUGCAAAUUUCUGGGAUUACAUCCAGUGAAAGUAGUAAUCAGAUAACUGAGCAACAACAUGAUGAUGGUAGUGUAGGACUGAUGUUAGAUAGUAUGAUAGAAACAGAUGACGCACAAAAAAUGAUGCAUUUGCAAGAGAAAGAGGAACAGCAGGAAGUUAAGGUGACUGAAUCAGAAGAUGAAAAAGUACUUAAUGAAGCUGGUGAUAUAGUGACUAUAGUAGAUGUGACUCCAAAUAGUUGUCAGCCAGUGUUACUGUGUAAUAAUAGUGCUGAUGAUGUGGAACAGUUAGAAACAAACAAACUCUUAAAUAAUGAGUUUACUGCACUAAGUCCAGAAGUGAGCAUGUCCCACCAUAUUGGAGAAGAGCAUACGAGGUACAGCAGUGAUUCUCAGAUUGCUAGCAAUUUGGAUAAAAUACCAGAUAAAGUUGAUAAUGUAGUACAAGGUGUAGAUGUAUCUGAAACUGUGCAUCAGUCACUUAGUACACUGCCAGGUGAAGAGCUGAGGCUAGACCAUAGAGAAGGACAUAAUGACGUUUUGGAAACAAGAGGAAAUGAUUGGCUUAAUGAAACAAAGCAAGAAGGGUCUACUAGAAAAUUGUCUUUGGACGAGCAAGGUGGUAGUAAAUUACUCUUAAGUAAUGUAGAUACUGCUGACCAUUUAGAGAUGGGGAGGGGGGCGAGUCAAAAUUCAAGUGGGAAUAUAAAUGACCACACAGAAAUGGAUGAAGGGAAAAAUGCAGAGGCAGCUAUAGGUGUUAAACAUCCAAGUUUAUCACCAGAGGAUGAUGCUUUUGUACGUGAUGACCUGGGAGAAGCAGUAUUGGUAGAUGAAAGUGAAGAACAAGAACAUUUCAGAAGAAAUGAAUCACUGACCAAAGAUACAGUAACUGAUUUGGAUUUCACCAGUGCACAUAAUGUCAUACCAGAAACGCACAGAGAAGCUGAAGAAUGCACCAAGCUAAACAGUGUAAACUACAAGGAAGACCUUAAAACCACAGUAGAAGGUUGUGAUAAUUUUCUCAGUUCAGAGGAUGACAGAUAUUUGACAGAUGCAUCAAAGUACAAGGAAGACAAAGACCAUCUGAUGAAAAAUAAGAUCUCACCAAUUGUUGUGGAACAAAUGAAUGGCGAAGAUAAAAAAUAUGACAUCACUUUUGGCAGUGAUUUGAACUGUGUUGGUACAACCGAGACAGACCAGUCAGAUAAGGAAGCAAGUCACAUGUUAGUCAAGCUUCCAGAGAUCAGUACAGGACACAUCAUAAUAGAUAAAAUAUCUGAUAUGGAAGGAGAACAGCAAAACGGUGCAAUAGGUCAGGUUAGUGGUGUUUUGAAAGAAGAUUCUACAGAAGAAAAUGUUGAAGUUGAACAGAAUAAACUGAUAGAACUUGUAGAGACAAGUGAUAAUUCUGUCACCAGUGAAAAAGAGAAAACUGAAAUCAGUCAUUUGAUUUCAGAGGAUGAUAUUGAGAUAGCAUGCCAAACAUUUCUUCACAGUGAAGACGACUCUGGUACUGACAUCAUCCAACAGGUUAGUGAAAGGAAUGUGACAGAUGACUCUGAUACAGUAGAAGGCAGUAUCUCAGAGUGUAAACUGCAAGAUGAAUGUGAAAUAGAAAUAAAAAGUGACCAAGAUUUAUCCUUAAAUUGCAGUGAUGAGGGAGAAAGUGUAUCAAAAGAAAACGAGCAGAAUACUAAUAAUCAGGAUGAAGAUCUAGCUUGUAAUAUUACGCAACCAGUCUUGAGUGCUGGUAACGUCACCAAGACACUUGACAACAUUGAGGAAAGACAUCAGGUUAAUGAGGAAAAAGGGAGCCUGCAACAGUCCAGUGAACAGGAGCUUCUUGAAAAGAGUAACAAUACAGUCGAUACCUUAUUCCAAGGUAAUAAUUUUGUUUUUUCAGACACAGAUGUAGAAAUAGAUGGCAGUGAAAGCCACAUAGGAAAAUGCCAAACUGCAGGGGAGAGUAAAGGCCCAAUAUGCAGCAUUGAUAACAUUGCAGUUCUGAACACAGAUAAAGAUAUGCACAAGUUAGAAGGUCAUAGAGCUUCCACUGACCAAGAUGCUGAAGAAGUAAUAGUUAUCCAGCAGGAGAAAUUAGAACAUCCUGCUGAGGUGCAGAAUGUAAAGGCACAUGCAGUAGUACAAACGCUACAGGAGGAGGAGGAGGUACAAGAACUGAAUGAGGCAGUUUCAGAAACUGCAGGAGCUUUACACGAGCCACAGUCCGAUAUGAAUGAACUGUUGGAUACACAUUUAGAAGUGAAGGAGGAGCUGCCAUAUGUACAUCCUGAAACUGUUUUGGAGCCAUCAGAUGCAUUUUUAGAAGUGGAGAAGAAAGCAGGAACAUCUCCGGAGAACAAAAAACAACCAGGAGAAGUGCAGUCAGAGAGAGAUGAGUGUAAAUUAGAACACACUGAAAAGCUAGAGAAACAAUUAGAUAAGCACCUAGAACAUGACAAAGAAGUUUCAGGUAUGCCUUUGGAAAAAGAUCCGGUAUGUGUUAUAGUUGUAGAAGGACCUGUAGAAAUUGAGACAUCAGGGGUGGGGGAAUCAUUCGAAGGGGACCCAAGUUACUUGGGGCAACUCGAAGCUUACCAAAGAGGAGGAGAUUUGGUAGCAGAAGAAAAACAAAAGGAAUUAAUAGAGAGAGAAUCAGAAACGGCAGGUGAGUAUGUUGGCAAAGACAGAGAGGAGGAGGAGUCAGCAGAAUUAGAAACCGCAGAAAUAACAGUAGAAUCAGGCACAGAAGAUCAGGUAGUUGAGAAAGAUUCAGAAGGCAAGGAAAAAUCAAUAGAAGAUGCAGCAGGGCUAGUGGAUACAAAAGAGGCAGUAACAAAUGGGCAAGAACAAGCCACUGAAAAGGCAGAACCAGCCAGAGUGGAUGAACAGGUAGUAGUAGCAAGCAAAGGUGAUGAGGUAGUUAAGGAUAGUGCCACUCCAGAAAGUGAGAAGCAGCAAAGUAAUGAAGAUGAUGCCUUAGCAAAGGGAAGCAAGAAAGGAAAAGGCAAAAGCAAGGAGGAGUGCAUAAUGUCAUAUGUUAGGCUACAAAAAGUGGCAGAUGACAGAGAAUCAUUGCUACAGCAGAUUGUUAAACUAAAGGCACAGUUAGAAGAAAGGCAGAAAGUAAAUAAAAUGAAAAAUGCAAUUUCUGAAGAAGAGGUGCUUGAAAAUGGAACAGAUGUACAUUUAACAGAGUUACAGAGAGAUUCAAACCGGCAGAUCUGUGAACUCAAGUUCAAACUAGCAAAAUCUGAACAGGAGAUCACUGCUCUAGAACAAAAUGUAAUACGCUUGGAAGGACAGGUAACAAGAUACAAGUCUGCAACUGAAAAUUCAGAGAAGGUAGAAGAUGAGCUGAAAUCUGAAAAACGUAAACUCCAAAGAGAGCUUCGUUCAGCACUGGAUAAAAUCGAAGAACUUGAAGUGAGCAACAGUCACUUGGUAAAGCGAUUAGAGAAGAUGAAGGCUAAUCGGAGUGCUCUUUUGUCCCAACAGUAACUACAAAGUGUUGCAGUCUUCAGUUGGAUUACAUUGUGGAUGUUUAUGUCUUAGUAGUUUGGAUGCUUCAUCAUAUCACAAGCACUGUUUAAAGGAAGUUGAACACAAAUCACUAGCUACCACCACCUCAUUGUCUUCUCUAAGCAUUUUAAGAACUGUUUGCACAGUGCAAAUAUUGGUAGCUAAUACAGAAAGCCUCAUCUGCUGGCUGUCUUUGCACGUGACUUGGAAGCUUUGUUUAAUGAAAAAUAUAGCUAUAUUUUAAAUUGGACAACUAGAAUCCUGGCUGUUGAGUGACUUUACCAUCUAUGGUGCACUAGCUCCUGCUAUCUGCUAAUCUAAUGUCCCUUUGUGACUGGAGUUCCUAGCAUGACCUAGGGGUAAUCUUCAGAAUGAGUUCUAGUAUUAAUACUUUACUUGUAUGUGCGAAACACUGUGGAAUUGCAAGCCAUUCAUCUUGGAAGCAAAAGUGACCUUAUAAUGACCAUUCAAUUUUAAACCACCAAGGAUUAAUGGAUGCAUAGUGUGUAGUUUUUGUCACUCCUUGGGCUUCAUGUACCAUAAACUGUAGGUUUAUACCAAGAUCAUGUGCUGCUGAAAUAUCAAGGAAUGUCCUAUUUAUAGAACUGGUAGAGUUUCCGGUUGACCUGAACUGCAUUACCUAGUUUACAUAAUUUAAAUUGUCAUUGCACUAAUAGUUUAAGUGCAUGGGUCAACGUUUAUGAAUCUCCAGCUACAUUUUUUUUUAUCCUGCCAUAAUCUAAUUUAAUGAACUGUUUAGGCUCAAGCACAAGUGUAUGAAUAAAAAUACAGUAUUAUGAGUGGGAGUUUGGGCUGGCAGUAAAUGUAAUUUCAGCACGCAUUUCUAAAAGCAUGUCACUCCUCUUUUUUGACAUAUACUAAUAAUUUUGUAACAUGCAGAGAACACACACCACUGUCUUUGUGAGUGCACUGCCACAGAAUAUUUUUUGUUCACCAUUGCCAAAGAGGAAUGUAAUAGUAUAGCUUAGGUAAUGCAGAUGCAUUUUUUGUGUUUCAUUUUAUUAAAAAAUGUUCAUCUUGGUAAUACUUUUGUAACUGGAAGGACAUGGGGAGUAACAAAUGGACUGUUACAGAAAACACUAAAACUCUUAAAGUA